AUGGAAGGCAGCCCGCUCAAAGUGAUCAUCGUCGGUGGCUCAGUAGCCGGCUUGACCCUCGCGCACUGCCUGCACCGAGCGAACAUCGACCACGUCGUUCUGGAGAAAAGACCUGAGAUUGCGCCGCAGGAAGGUGCUUCAAUUGGGCUGUGGCCUACGGGAGGACAGGUCCUUGAUCAGCUUGGGCUGUGGGAGGAAAUAGCGGAAGGGACUCAGCCGUUGAGAGUCCAUAAUGUCUUGUACCCGGACGGUUCGGGGUUUAGUCACGAUGUGUUGAAUCGGGUCUAUGAGAGGUUUGGAUAUGGUCUUACCUUUGUGGAACGACAGCGGUUGCUGGAGACUCUAUACCGGCGGUAUCCGGACCAUUCCAGGAUCCUGGUCAACAAAGCAGUCGUUGAGAUUCGACAAACAUCCAGCGGUGUUUGCGUCGUGACAGAAGAUGGGACAGUUUACCAGGGCAGUCUGGUCGUCGGCGCUGAUGGAGUGCAUAGUCGCGUGCGCUCGGAGAUGUGGCGGCUGACAGAGCUCCAGAAUCCGGGCAGGAUCACGCCAAAGGAAAAGAAAAGAAUGACGACGGAGUACUCCUGUGUUUUCGGCAUAUCUUCAGCCAUUCCUGGUCUGCGAAAGGGCGAGCAUGGCAACGUAUUCGGUGAUGGAGUCACGGUUCUGACUUUUCAUGGUGAGGAUCGAGUCUUUUGGUUCGUGGUGAGCAAGAUGGACAAGAAGUACACCUACCCGAAUAUUCCUCGCUUCAGUUCAAAAGAUGCGGAGGAGCUUUGCGGCCGAUUUGCAGCUAUUCGCCUUGUUGACGGGGUCUGCGUUCGUGAUCUAUGGGAGAGCAGGAGGGUUGCUUCAAUUACUGCGAUGGAGGAGGGCCUGUUCGAGGCUUGGUAUUUUGGUCGAAUGGUUCUGCUGGGAGAUGCUGUUCGUAAGAUGACUGUCAACAUGGGACAAGGCGCAAACUGUGCGAUUGAGGACGCGGCCGUCCUAGCGACACUCCUAGAUCGGCUGGUCCAGCCAAACAAGAACAGCGCCCCAAGCGAGGCAGAGAUUGAGGCUCUUCUCAGAGAGUUUCGGACGUUGAGAUACGCUCGUUCGAAAGCGAUAUACGGCCAGACGAUGUUUGGCGUACGGCUUUAUACUCGUGACGGUAUCCUGAAGACACUGAUGGGGCGGUAUGUUAUGCCUCGUAAGAUCGACCACAUGGCGGAUGCGACUUCCACUCUGAUGGCUGAUGGACCGGUUGUCGGCUUUCUUCCCCUGCCUCGGCGCUGGGGCACCGGUUGGGAGAGCUAUAGAAGCCUCAAGAACGGGGACAGCCACUGGAGUCCACGAAAGAUGGUGUUUCUGGCGCUAGGAAUGUCUGUCCUGGCGUAUGGCUACCUCAGACACUAG